AUGCCUAUUUAUCCAAAAAAAAAUUGCAGGUACUUUCGCAAACACAGAGCUGCUUUAUUUGAUGGCAUUGAAGAAGGUGGGAUAAGAGCUGCAGCUUACUCUUCUCGUGAAAUUCAUGAGCAUGAGAACGACCAAGCUAUGGACAAUUUGCAUGAUACGGUCAGCACUCUCAAAAGAUUGACUGGCGAUAUACACGAAGAAGUGGAGAAUCAUAACCGGAUGCUGGACCGCAUGGGUAAUGAUAUGGAUGCUUCCAGAGGAUUUCUUUCUGGAACGGUAGACAAGUUCAAGAUGGAAAUUCUUCAAGGGUGUAUCUAG